CCCAAGUAAGCUCUUCAAAAGGCACACGCACACCGACCGCAUUCACGUCACGUCAUGCAUCGCAUCCAUCCGUGUACGUCCAUGUGUCCAUGAAGAGUCCUCUCACUCGGCAUGAUAUGAUGCCUUGGCAGUCCAACCCACACGCACACGUACAGACACGCACUCACACGCACCUCACGUGCACGGGCAUGUCGCCUCACGACUCCACUUGUCUCUUUCGAGCCUUUCCGUCUGCCUGCCUGUCUGUGUCGCUUUAUGGGUUUUCUCUCAUGUGUUGUAAGUUGUGUGUCACGCAUUGUGUCUGCCGUCACAUGGCGAUGGUGUCGUGUGUGUGGUGGUGGUCGCUCUGUUGGAUGCACUCGAUGGCCAUGUCUUCGCUGCAGGGGUCGCGCAACAGCAAGAAGUCCAUCGUCAUGAAAGUCAGACGCAUGAUCUGUUCCGUCGCCAACUCCUAAAUGCACACACACACACAGAGAGACGCAGUCGUCUUGUCGGCUCUGUGGGUGGAUGUGUAUGCGUGUGUGGGGCUGUGACCUGCAGUUGUGCCAUGUCAUUUUCGAUUUUGCCCAGCUGACACAUCGUCUCGUUCUCCCUGCAAUACACAUAGUUGUGUGCAUCCUCAUCAACUUGUUUGCUCUUUUGUGUGACUUACUUGUUGGUGGAUUGUUGGAAUGUCUUCUGCAGUAUUUGGUCCCGCUGCUCCAUCUGGCUGAUGCGAUCACUCGUAGGCACCACACUCAACUAGCACACACACACGUUGAGCUGAUGCAAGAUGUGUAUGCACUCCUGUGAAAGCGUGUCACCCACCCACCUGUUUCUGCAUGUUUGUGAAGCUCUCGAUGGCGUGUGAGAGUGUGUCGGGCUGCGGACUCCCCUGCACAGACGACCGCUCGCUCGCCGCCACACUCGCUGCCUUCACCUCAGCUGAGCCAGACACACAAGCGAACGUGUCUCUGUUCUGUUGUCUUUGUGUGUCUCCCUCGUACCAGUGUGUGCGUCCUGCCCGCCAGUGAUGGCCUUCUGCAGCGCCGACAGCACAGCCGCGCCAGAGCCGACAGAUGCAUGCGGAUGCCCCUUACGCUGCACACACACACACACAUGGAGGUCACCCCUUGUGUGUUGUCGUGUGUGUCUGCCUUAACGUUGUGGCUGGGUGAUGGCGGUGGAGCGGGGAGUGGCGACGCCGACGACACGUUGCGAUUGCGGCCGAUCGUCAGACCCGUCAGCAUGCCUGGCGUGUCGGGUGUCUGUGGUGUGGCCGUGCCACCCCCGCCCUUCAGCUGCUGCUGGCCGCUGCGAUUGAUGGCUGGCGGCGCCUUGCCGCCCUUGAGCAGUGUGUUGGGCUUCUUGAGGGUGUGGGCGGGGAGAGGGGGGAAUGGCGGGCGAGACGGCAGCAGCAGAGACGUCGGACGAGGCAGCACAGCAGUGGGACUGCACACAUAAACACGAGAGGGUGCAUGCGGGUGCCAUCCAUGUCAUGUUGUGGUGUCGUUAUUACGUCUUGGCGACGUGUGCGUGUUUGGGUCGGGGUGGGGCUGCACCCAACUUGUUAGGCAUCCUCUUGGGCUGAUUGAUCACAGCCGCACCCGACACUGACACACACAGAAUGCAGUCACAUCCCUGGGCUCCUCCUUCGGUUUCAUUGGUGGCUGACGUAUGGUCUUGGGCGGUCUGAUGGGUGAGCUCGGCGGCGGCACCUUAGGACGGGCGAUCACAUGACUCGCUCCGGUCGCCUCGGUGGUCAGAUGGUGGUGGGGCGUCGGCUUGUGUACAGCAGCAGCAGCAGCUCUGAUGGAUGGGGAGGGGCGGGGCGGUGGUUUGGGUCGCUUGAUCUGCGGCUCGCCGCUCUCCUGUUGGUGCUCAUCACCCAGCGGACGCUUGGCCGGCGACAACGCACACACAUCCAUACCGUCUGAAGCGCAAUGAACAAAGGCAGUGUUUCAAGGCGAGUGUGUGUCUCCGUGUGUGCGCUGACCUGUCGUAGAGUUGUCCUUAUUGUCGUCCUCCUGGUUGGUGCCCUCAUCUGUCGUCAUCUCCGUCGCAGCCACCGCACCUUCGCCGCCAGCAGAACCGCCUAUGGCAUCUGUGUGACACACAAACAGCACAAAAUGGAAUACACAGCACCCUUCGAGGCGCCUUUCUCUGCCUCCAUUCCACCAGUAUCGUGUCUCUCAUGUUGGUUUUGGCGGUGGUCGGUCAUGGCGUGUGCGGCAGCCGACUCGCCCUCGUGCAUCACAAACAUACUGACAAUGAAAACAGAAGAGGACAGAUGGAUCGUUCCACAAAUGUGUGUAAGAUAUGUGUCGCCUUGAUUUACCCCUCAUGUGUGUCGUCAUUGUGUUUGUCUGUUGCGUCGUCCACUGCAGCCGGCGGCCUCGACAGAAACGACAAACCUGACAAAAAGGCAUACACAGAGAGAAGGGGUCGUGGUGCAUGAGUGUGGGGCUAGUUUUGUCCUGUCCACGUGCCUGAUCCUCCACUCUGAGCAGAGAGGCCGUCCGCGCUCUGCUGCUUCUGCUGCACGGUCUGGUCGGAUGUCGACUUGUCGUCCUUGUCACAGCUGUCGCCGGUGUUCGUCUGCCGCUGGCCGCCGAAGAGCGCCUGCUUACUCUCACCCACCAUCCCCCCUCCCCCUCCUCCUCCGCUGAAGAGCUUCGAGUUGCCGAACCCCCCUCCGAACGCCGCCCCGAACAGCCCUCCACCGCCACUGCCGCGAUGUGAGGCUGUGGUGGUGUGGUCACCAUUUGCGUCUGAUGAUGAGUCUGAAGGGCCUUGCUGCUGCUGAUGCUGGGCGCGGAGAGCUGCGAAGAGUGAGCCGCCGCUUCCAGCUGCGAAGAAUCCUGAACACACACACGCGCACACCGAAAUGAAUGAAUGAACCAGAGGCAUGUUGUGUCUCGGGUAGGUCUCUUUCUCUGUUUUGUGUUACCGCCUGAAGUAUCGCCCUGUGAACAAACGACGACACACGGGCAUUGAUGCAACCGGAUGACAUGAUGAUGGUACAGUAAUGGUGCUGUCUGUGAGGUACUUGUUGGUGUUCUUGCGAAGGCCGAAGAAGAGAGAACUGAGCCGCCACAUGACGAAUCUGACACAAGCAACGAAGCAACGAAGAAAAAAGAGCGGUGAUGGUGUGGUGGUGACCAUUGCUUCUCAUGGCAGACCUGUGUUUGCCUUGCUGCGGCUGCUGCUGUUUGUGUUUCCGAAGGGCGAGGACGGUUUGCUGCCGAACAGCCCGCCGCCAGACGACGACGCACCAGAUGACGACAAGAGCAACGAAAAACCACCUGCAGCAACAAAUGACAAACACACAGACAAACAAACGGAUGCAUGGAUGGAUGGACUCAUCGAAUAGAUGGAUGCAUCAUCUGUUGCUGGACGCAUUUUUUCACCUGUGGCUUGGCCUUCCUUCACCUUGGCGAACAUGUUGGCGGCGUGGGCGUCGGCAUCUCAAACGUUAACAUAUGUAUACUCACUCUCACACAGAGAUAC